GCAGCCUGCAGCGGGGCCAACGAGCGCACCUUCGUGGCCAUCAAACCGGACGGAGUCCAGCGGCACCUGGUCGGGGAGAUCAUCCGGCGGUUCGAGAGGAAGGGCCUGCAGCUGGUGGGGCUGAAGCUUCUGCAGGCCUCGGAGGAGCUGCUGAAAGAGCAUUACAGUGCCCUUCGUGACCGUCCCUUCUACAGCCGGCUGGUGAAGUACAUGAGCUCUGGGCCCGUGGUGGCCAUGGUCUGGCAGGGCCUGGACGUGGUCAAGACAGUUCGCACAAUGAUUGGGGAGACAGACCCAGCCCAAUCCAGGCCUGGCACCAUCCGAGGAGACUUCUGCGUUGAAGUCAGCAAGAAUGUGAUCCACGGCAGUGACUCGGUUGAGAGUGCCUGGCAGGAGAUCUCCCUCUGGUUCCGCCCAGAGGAACUGACUUGCUGGGAGGACACAGCCGAGCACUGGAUCUAUGCGUGA